AGUUCAACCGACAGUUUCCAUCCGUUCAGAUCACUCUCGGGAGAUUUUUUUCUUUUGGUUGUUCAGUGGUGCAUCUGUAAAAGCGAUUUUCUUGUCAUUUAUUUUGGCAUUCAGUGGCGUGAAGAUGUGAAUUUGGUGCCAAAAGACGAGGGUUUUAUUUUCUUGAGGAGAAGCAGCAAAGGAGAAGAAAGAAAGGAACGAAGACGCAAGGAUUGAGCAAAAUGAGUCUUGUAUCCUUGAAUACAAUGAAUUGUGCAAUAGUGAAAGACAAUCCCUACUACUUCAACAAUGUUGGCGAAUGUUCAAAGAGCCCCCAGUCACCCAGUAGUAGAUCCACAUUCUCCUUCUUCCGCAAGCGCAGCAGCACAUCGAAGCUCAACACACCGAGCUCAUCGAAGGGCAAGGUAUUCCCCAGUCCAUCCUCGGACACUGUUUCGCUGGGCGGAAGCCGCCGUGGUAGUUUGAAAUCACUGAUCCGCUCCAGGAGCACCACAACCACAUCAAGCGUCUCCUACUCCCAGGGCAUCAUCCUGGGUGAAUGCCAACCCUGCCAACCAUCCAAUCCCACCUCCUCAUCCUCCCACUUCCGGCGCCGCCUUGGCUCGUACAACGAAUCCAUCUCAUACACCGGAAGCGACGAUGUCUUCCUCCCAGAUCACCGAUCAAACAACUUCCACUCGAUCGACUUUCACAUCCCACGUGUAGGAGGAGGUGAUGUGACGGACGGGAGUGGUGCAUCUGGGCUAAGACGACACUCUAUUGGGACAUUCACGCACAAAGAACGCACGCGGUGUGGAUCAUUCUCAGAUGAGGUCCCAAAAAUGCCCGCCCCUAAGCCCCCAUCAAUGCAGCAGAGUCCUUUUGGUAGUUCUUCCCUACGAAAGGGCUCUAAAUGCGGCGCUAGUGGGAGAAAUAUGGAUGACAUACUGAUUGCAACGUCGCGCCAGAGCGAACCAGCCAUUCUGUGGGCCAACUAUCUCAAGACGCGCUUCGACAAAAUCACCAGCCAACGAGGGCGCAUCCCAUUCAAUUUUCUCCAUGUCAAGAUUGAGGAGGGAAAUCUGUCAGCGGACAUCGUUAGCAGAUGCUUAGCCACCAAGUUGCAGAUCGUCAUUAUUUGCCCAUCGCUCCUGGCAUUGCCACACUCUCAGCUAAUGACGCAGCUGUCGGCAAUUCUCAGGCCUGAGAAAGUUCUGGGCUUGUUGCUGGAGAUCGAUGAGAUGCGUGUGCUGGAUAUUCAUCAGCAGGCACUGCCGAACUUCAAGCAAUGGCGAAGGUGUGCAAUUCGCAGCAAUGAUCAGUCAUUUAUUGGGAAUGUUUUGGGGAUUGCAACAGACAUCUUGGGACCUGCUCUGAGGGAUCAACCACUCAGCAAUUCAAUUCCAUCGACAGGAGUCACCCAGACAGCUCACGAUGCCUUCACUGUGCUUCCCAGGAAGCUGCGCAUCUCGCAGAAUAAAGUCGUCGCCUUGCUGACUGAACCACUAAAGGUGGAUGAUCACAUUGUCGUGCGAAUUGACAAGACUGGAGAGAUGCUCGAGGCGUCUGGGGUGAAGAGACGAAAUCCCUACACAUUGCAAUUUAGUGUUCCUGAAUCCUGCAUGGAAGUUUCCAUGAUUAUCAAGAUUCACAUUGAGAAGAAUGGGAAGGAGCUUGGAAGUCGCCAAAUUCUCUGCGAAAGCCGCCUGCGGGAGCUCGAACAAAUCCUUAAAGCUCAAGAUUCCCCCAUUGAAUUUAUCUGCCAGUCAAUGGGAAUCUCUGUGGCUGAUAGAGAACGCCUGGAUGAUAGUCUCUUGCAGGCUUUUGAGAAGAAAAUCCCACCAAAUUUUCACCUCUUAGCAGGAGGACACAGUGGAAGUUUCCUCGGUAAUCGAGAAGCAAGCUCAGAGGAGUACCCAACGUUGCUUCAUUUUGCAGCCAAAUGGGGUUUAGAGAAGCUCUGUAUGAGACUUCUGGAUUGUCCAGGAGGUGAUUUAGCAACAUCUCUUCGCAAUAUCAACGGAAAGACUCCCUUGGAUCUGGCAGAUAAUGAGGGACACACGAAGCUAGUAGAGAUCCUCAAAACCUUCACAGAUAUGCACGAGUUCACAACGAUGUAUCACUAUUUUAAAGGAAUCAGUGAUUCAAAGACAAAUAAGGUCGUUGUGGACUUUAAGAAUGAACCCAAAGGAGCUAGAUCUCUUCCAGCUACCCUCAAAAAGACCGAAUCCAUUGAAUCACCCACCAAAGUACCCGAAUACAUGGAAAUGACCGGAAGUAGCAGUUCAAGCGAUCAAGGAUCAUGUGGACCAGUAAAUGCGGUAACAAAUUUAAAUUAUAUAAACAUUGAGACCAAAUCAAACAGCGGAGAAGAUGUUUGCGAUGGUAUAGGCGCCAUGAGGGUGUCAGAUGAUGGCAUAAUGACGAAUGAGUUGAGGAUAAAUGAGCCUGCUUACUAUGAAUCCAAAGACAGCAACAGAACGGAUGAUUUUAGUCAGGAAUGCUCAAAUUUGUUGGAGAGCAUCGGUGUGGACUCAUCCAAUCCCCUCGCAGACUACCUAACACAGCCCUCAAAUCGUCCUGUUACCCUACUUCAACAAGACUUCCCAAACUAUCUCACCCAUCCCUCAAAUAGACCCGUUGAACCAAGCUAUGUUAACGACACAACCAUCUCGCCCAGCGCAAAAAUCUCUCCCAGCCCUCAUGAAUCACACAUGAAGUUCACAUUCAAACGUCGUGAAGAUGGGAGUCGAUCUGGUACGCUAAAACGCCAAGGGAGUGACACAUCGAAAGCCAGUGUUGAGGAUGAACUCCUAGAGAUUCUCAAUGACUUCAAGAAGAACGUCUUCACGAUUUCCGAUGCGGAAAAGUUUGUUCUAAGUUGGGAAAAUCGCGAUGAUGUGAAGCAAAAUUUCAAAGACAAGCAGGAAUGGUUGAAGGAGAUGCGAGAGAGGUAUGAUCGCAUUCAGAGUAGCAUGAAGAAGCCCACAGUAUUGGAACGUGUCAAGCGAUUGUUGAUCCGGAGUAAGAGUCACGAUAAGGGGGAUCGAGAUACAUCAGGAGGUUCCACAACGGAAAGGCCAAUUAGCAGCUUGAGCCUACAGAGUGUCUCAAGUAGUUCGUCAUCAGGACGCAUGAGUACUGGGAGUGUGUGCAGCGGGACAAGUUUGGGGGAUAGUGGAACACAUUCAGAUCAUGAGGAUCGACGACAGAUCUACAAUUGCAGAGUUGGAGUUCCUGGGAGUUUGAUGGAGAACUACUCAAUCCCACCAGCACCGAGGGUUGUCCCGCAGCCACAGAAUGAGCAUCACUACGUCAUCUUUCCUUCUAAUGUUCCCGUUUAUGCUUCUGCGUGUGCAGCGUCCCCAUCUGACUCAACAAAGUCCUUCAAUCAUGACUAUCUAAACUUCAAAGCAUUGAAUACGAUUGAUGAAGCCAAAGAAACCGAUUUCCCCGUUACGGUGCAACCAAUUAAGAUUCAAAGGAAUGAAAUGAUCUACAGCAAAGGUAAACGCGAUCCCAAUGAUCUCUGUUCCUCCUUCAGAGCAACAACGACACAUCAAGACACCCAAAAUGCAGAAGAAGAAAAUGCAAAAGAACUCAAUUUAACAGAACUCGAUCUCCAAACACAAGAAACCAUCAGAAACUUCAACAGAACCAUCAAAGAAUGCAACGAAGAUCUCGAAGAAAUUCGCACCAAAGCUGAGGAAAACCAUCCAAAUCAUGAUUACAUCAACCUCCAGCUCAACACGUAGAAGAGCUGCUAAAAUUGAAAGAAUAUUAGUUGGUAUACCACAAUCGUGGCAUACCAAGUAUUGUAAUCGUCGGAAAAACCGACCACCUCAGAUCGGGCUCAAACUUGGUAUGAGCACGUUUCAGACAACCCACAUUCCAAAAAUGGUGGUGGAAAAUUUUUGAUCCGGCCGGCCUGCCGUCCUGCCGUCCUGCCGUCCUGCCGUCCUGCCGGCCUGCCGUCCGGGACUCUAAACUUUGCCUUAUAUCUCGAGAACGGUAAUAGAUAGAGACUUCCGGUUUGAAGUUUUCUAUGGAAAUGUGGGUGUAAAUUUUAAUUUUUUCGCAUUUUUAAAAUUCAAAAUGGCCGCCGUCCGCCAUUUUGAAAUACCAUCAACCAGUUCCCUUAUAGCUAAAGGUCUGAAAUUUUAGUAUGUUGUAUAGCUCAGUGAGACGUUUUCAUCAACAAUUCAUACUUGACAAUCGGUCAAGCGGUUUAGCAAAUAUGGCGGCCUAAAGCAAAAGGUGUUUUUUCGAUAUAACUCGAGAACGGCUUGACCGAUUUUGACCAUCUUGGUAUCAAAUGAAAGGUAUUGAGAAGCCCUAUAACUGUCUAGAACAUUUCAAGUUUCAAAAACAUCCGCAAGAGGCGCUAAAAUCAAAAACAAAAAUUGCCUAACUUUAAGGGGCAAUAUCUCCGAACAUCUGUUAUAGAUUUCCUUUAAAUUUUGAUAUGUUGUAGCCUGACUCAAUAUCUAUCACCAGUCCGAAAAUGAAGAAAAUCUAUGUCGCCGUUUAGAAGAUAUAGCCAUUUGAAAAAUUCUUGAAUUAGAAAAGUUCUAAGAGCCAUAUCUCUUGAACCGCUUGUCCGAUUUGACUCAACUUAGUAUCAAAUUAAAGGUUUUGCAAUUAUCUACAUCUUUCUAGAACAUCAGAAACCUCUAGAAUCAUACUUUCAGGACGAAAAGUGCAAAAAACUGUUUUUGUUGAACAUAAAUCCGCCAUUUUGUGUUCUGGAGGUGACCUUGAAAUGUAUCAAAAUAUAUGUCAGAUUAUAGCUUAUUUCAAUACCUUUCCAGAACUAGUCAAGAAAUUUCUGUAGGUCUAAUAGAACUUAAGAUAUAAGCAUUUUAAUCUGUCAAAUUGCUAAAUUUUACAAAAAAUCGACUUUGCCUACUAAUAUUACUCACAAAUUAAAUUACAACGCAUAGACUGACCCAUCCGCGUUGUGGUAUACCAACUCUAAUAACUGGACGCGUUAUGAUUGACUUUUUCUUUAGUAUUUAUUUUGCAAGCAUUUCAUUGACAACGUGAAAAAUUUUCUAUUUAGUGGUUAAGAUACGUGUCUUUUCAUACUCCAAAUAUUUGUACUAUUUUAUAUAAGAAGAAAAAAAAAUGAUUGAGAAAUAAAUGUUGUAUUAA